AUGAACGCGCUUCUCCUGUCUGCCUGGUUCGGCCACUUACGGAUCCUCCAGAUCCUGGUCAACUCUGGGGCCAAGAUCCACUGUGAGAACAAGGACGGCCUGACCUUACUACACUGUGCGGCCCAAAAAGGCCACGUGCCGGUGCUGGCGUUCAUAAUGGAGGACCUGGAGGAUGUGCCCCUGGACCAUGCUGACAAGCUGGGAAGGACGGCGUUCCAUCGGGCUGCUGAACACGGGCAGCUGGAUGCUCUGGACUUCCUUGUGGGCUCUGGCUGUGACCACAGUGUGAAAGACAAGGAGGGGAACACGGCCCUUCACCUGGCUGCCGGCCAGGGCCACCUGGCUGUGCUGCGGCGGCUUGUGGACAUCAGGCUGGACCUGGAGGAGCAGAACGCGGAAGGUCUGACUGCCCUGCAUGUGGCGGCUGAAGGUGUCCACCCUGACUGUGUACAGCUGCUCCUUGAGGCCGGGAGCUGUGUGAACGCCCUCACCCAGAAAAAACAGAGCUGCCUCCACUACGCAGUCCUCUGUGGCUCUGAGGACGUGGCCCGGGCCCUCAUCCAUGCAGGAGGCCACACCAAUGUGGCUGAUCAUCAGGGCGCCUCUCCUCUGCACCUGGCUGUGAAGCACCACUUCCCUGCCUUGGUCCGGCUUCUCAUCAACGCCGGCAGUGACCUGGAUGCCACCGACAAUAGGCAGCAGACACCCCUCCACCUUGCUGCUGAGCACGCCAGGCAGGACAUAGCGGAGAUGCUCCUCAUCGCGGGGGUUGACUUAAACCUGAGAGAUAAGCAAGGGAAAACUGCCCUGGCGGUGGCCGCUCGCAGCAACCACAUCAGCCUGGUGGACAUGAUCAUAAAGGCUGAUCGCCUCUACACGUGGGAGAAGGAUCACUUCUGGCACAGGGACCCCAGGGAUCGCUGUGGGAAGAACUUGACCUUUAAGCAGGACCAUCGGCAGGAAGGGCGGCAAUUCUCCUGUGUGCUGUGGCGACUGGCCUCCAGGGACCUGCGGCCUCAUGAGUGGAAGAAGCUCGCAUAUUGUUGGGAGUUCACUGAGGCCCACGUCCACGCCAUCGAGCAGCAGUGGACAGGCACCAAGAGCUACCAGGAGCACGGCCACCGGAUGCUGCUCAUCUGGCUGCAUGGUGUGGCCACAGCCGGUGAGAACCCCAGCAAAGCACUGUUUGAGAGCCUCAUGGCCAUUGACAGGAGGGACCUAGCUGAAAGCGUCAGGAAGAAAGCAAAUGCUGACCCGAGGGCCCCCAGCAGGUGCACGGCCAUGUAA